AUGACCGUUGAUUUAGAUAAAAGAAGAUUACGUCGUGCUCUCACUGAUAAUAGGCUGGUUAUAACCCAACAUUUUACUGAGAGAACCGUUACACCCGGUGGCGAUAUAAGUAUGCAAUGUGCCGCUACUGGUGAUAGACCUCCUCAGUUUGUUUGGGAGCGAGACGGAGUUACUGUUUCAAGCAACACAGAUCCUAGGUAUGCGUUAGGACAAAUUAUGACGACAGAUAACUCUGUAAUAGCCCAACUCAAUAUAACAAGGGUUCGAGUAGAAGAUGGUGGAUUAUAUGCUUGUAUAGCGAAAGAAGGUGAACAUGUAGCCAGCAGCGAAAACAGACUGGACGUUUAUGGUCCACCUUACAUUCGGUCACUACCACCAAUUAAGGCACAGAGUGGUGAAUCAAUAAAUCUCAGAUGUCCAUUCUAUGGAUAUCCCAUAAGCAAAAUCGAUUGGGAACACAAAGGCAAAACAGUUAACCUAAACAAUCUUUUCCAAUCACGUUAUAAAAGAACACAAAAUCACCAAAAAAGAAAAUCAAGAAGGAGUAUUGUCAAUAUACACGGAGUAUUGACAAUUCCUGAAGUAAAUAAAGAAGAUAAUGGUGCUGUUUAUACUUGUAUAGUGACAUCACCGUCUGGUGAAAUGGCUAGACGUUCGUUUGAAAUACAAGUUAUAGAGGCACCUAUUUUGGAGGAUUUACUGCUUGGUAAUAACCUACAGGAAGGUCAAAUAGUAAAUAUUUAUUGCAACGUACGAAGCGGUGAUUUACCGAUACAUUUCGAAUGGUUGAAAGACGGAAAGAGAAUUUCAAGCAAUUUGAAGGUAGUCGAAAGAAGUUCGGAAUUAUUCAGUGCACUAGUGAUCAAAAAAGUUGCAUUGGAACAUUGUGGUACAUAUACUUGCGUGGCAUCCAACCACGUGGCGAAGGUCAAUAAGUCUACGGAAUUGUAUAUCAAAGUUGCGCCCAAAUGGCUAGAAGAACCUACAAAUUCGUCUCUUUUGCUCGGAAGAAAAGGCAUUGUAUCAUGCAGUGCGAGCGGCUAUCCACAACCACAAGUACAUUGGAUGAAAAAAGAUGCUCUUCUGGGUACUUGGCAACCUGUCCUUGAACUAGCUGGAGGAGGAAUCCUAAGUCUUCCCAACGGAAGUCUUGUCAUUGAAGAAGUUUCUUUGACAGACGAGGGCUUGUAUUCGUGUAAUGUUGAAAACGGUGUUGGGACACCAUUGAGCAAAACCGUCUGGAUGACAGUCAAUAAACCAGUGCACUUUGAUACGUCAUCAGCGAAUGUAACAUCACGACUUGGCCACGCCGUGUCUCUGGAAUGUCGCGCGCUUGGUGAUGACCCUAUCAGAAUCACAUGGAACCAUAAUGGAAACAAUAUAGACUUCCAAAGUCACAGAGCAAAACACUCAGAGACGAAAACCGCACUUGGUGUAACCAGCACCAUAAAUAUACAGUAUUCAGAAACAGCCGACGCUGGCUUCUACCAGUGUAGAGCGAGCAAUCCGUAUGGAUCAGCUAGCUUCAACACAUUCCUUACUAUAUUAGAACCCCCCACCCCUCCCUCCGAACUGAGAGUAGAAUCAGUUAGAUCUCGUACAGCAUCAGUUUCAUGGCGAGACGGGGCACAUGCCGAGUAUUACACAUUACAACACACGCCCGCUCAUUACGCUGAUGACUGGGAAUACGCCGUUAGUCUUAAUAUUACGAGGAAAGGCAUCGACAUUCGUCAAACGAUAGAGCUACAGAAUAUAAGACCUGCGACGGCUUACGCGGUGCGAGUAGCAACUGGUAAUGAAGUGGGUGUCAGUCGUUUUACGGCGCCUGUACAUUUUACAACACACGAGGAAGCUCCAUCGUCAACGCCUAUUAAUAUACAAAUUGAACAAACUGAAAAUCCUGGAGAACUAUUCGUCUCCUGGCUACCUCCGCCUAAAGACACUCACAAUGGAAUCAUAACAGGCUAUCAUAUAAAGGCUGUGCCACAAAAAGGAUCAUCUAUUUUAGCAGACACAGAUACAAGGACUUUGAAAGUGUCAAAGUUAUCCGGAAAACAAGAGACAGUUAUUAGUGGUCUACUUAAAAAUACCAGAUAUGCUGUUUCCAUAUCAGCUUUCAACAGCGCCGGAUCAGGUCCAUUUUCGAUUCCAGUAUUUCAAGACACUAUGGAAGGAGCUCCCGAAAUCGCCCCAUCAUCAGUUGAAUGUACGGCUGUAUCAUCUACGUCACUACGCAUCGGUUGGCAACCAAUAGCGAUACACGAACAGGGAAGUUCUUUGAUCGGUUACUCCAUUCUGUAUGGAACUGAAGAAAGCUCUUGGCAGAACCAAACCUCUCUCCACACUGAAAUUUAUCUCCAAGGUCUUUCUAAAUACAGCAACUAUACGAUAAAAGUUGCGGGUUUUUCCAACUACGGUGCUGGGCCGUUCUCAUUCCCAAUAGUUUGCACUACGUUACAGGAUGUUCCUGAUCCACCUUCAGAUAUCAAAGUACUUAUUCUAUCAUCCACAUCACUGUUGGUCAGUUGGAAGAAGCCGGAACAUUGUAACGGAGAACUAUUAUAUUAUACUGUUUAUGUGAAACCAACUUCAGGCCCUGGUCCACCUCUAACGAGUCGUGUGGAUCCUUCUCGGACCACAGCUGAGAUCAAGGAGUUGACGAGCGGAAGAUCGUAUGAAGUGUGGGUGACUGGAAGUACCGCGGCUGGCGAGGGCGGACCUAGUAGGAGAGCCUCGCAUACACCCGCUAAUAGAGUUGUAGCCGGAGUCGCAUCAUUAGGUGGCACCAUAUCAGUGGGAGUCGGUUCAUCCUUACUACUCGUGUGUCAAUGUGUCGGAGUACCACCACCACGCACUGUGUGGUACCACAAACAUAAUAUAAUAACACAUCAUCCGAGAUUCACGAGGAAUCAUGACGACAGCUUGCUGAUUAACAACAUAGACCAAUCCCUGAGCGGCAACUACACAUGUCUAGCAAAGAAUCUGUAUGGUUCUGAUUCAGUGGAGUACACCGUAGUAGUUCUACCGCUGCCCGAAGCACCAACACUACGAGCCACGCCAUACAAAGACUCGAUAUUAGUUGAAUGGGAACAACCUUAUUAUAGCAUCGGUAACCGUAGCUCGAACCAGAAAAUUACUUAUAGUCUAACAUGGAAAGAAGCAAGCGGUCCGUGGCAAGAAGUGUGGUCACCAAACAAAGUACCUAAUAAAUUAUCAAACCUCUCUGGAGUUCAAAAACAUGCGCUGACUGGUCUUAAAUGUGGUACGAAAUAUUCUUUGAGGAUCACAGCUACUAACAAAGUUGGUACAUCACAACCGGCGUAUUUGGAUGUUAGCACGUUGGGCGGACCUCCCAUCGCUCCUACGUCAACGGAGUGGUUCUGGAGCAACUGUUCCCACGUGUUCAUCCAGGCCGCUGGUUGGGAUGACGCGGGAUGUGAGCUCCGAACGUUGGAGCUAGAACACCGGGCUCUUGGAGCGAGGAGCUGGAUGAGGCCUAUCAAUAUAUUGUCAUACACGGGUCACCCCUACCAGUACCGAGGCUCGUUCGCUCUAUCAGGCCUGUCCGCCGGCACCUGGUACGUGUUACGUAUCACAGCCACCAACGAGGCGGGGAGCGUCACCACCGUUUACAACUACGCGACUAAGAACGAGGAUGGCAGUGAAGUUGGUCCUCCGUCAGAAAUCUUCGACAUCAACAUGUUGGUGAUUGUCUUAAGCUCAAUUCUCCUAGCCGUCUGUCUUAUCUGCUGUGUUUAUAUUCUAGUUAAGAGACAACGUAAUGUCAACUUAACUGGAUACCGAGACUCAAUAACGGUCGACAAAUCUGAAAGUGGCAACAUAACAGCUAACACAUCACACAGUAAUCUAGCUAAUGUUAAAGAGAACUCAAUGAACGCUCAGAACAGAAUAUACAGCGCUCCGAUACAUGUUAGAAAUAAUAGUAAACAUGAGUUAUACGAGAUAAGUCCUUACGCGCAAUUCGCUGUCGGCUUUCGAACGUUCGGUCACGCUGAAAACAAUGACGUACCGAGACACAUCAAACACAGAUAUGAUACAGAAACGAGUUUUCAAGUUUGCUCUGAGUCAGAAGACAGUGACAGCAUAUCAAAAUCAACCCUCAAGAGCGUACCGAGAAGUAAGUUACAUAACGGCUGUAGGGAUUUGGUUGAAAAUUUGUGGGAAGUUUGGAAUCAGGAGACGGACAUAGGAUACUUUGAAUUCGUUCGACCUAAAAAUAAUAAUUUGCUAUGA